UCUGUCAAGAUGGCGACAUCGGAGCCGAAAGCAGCUGAAACUGAAGAUCAACAGACUGACAGCCAAGUCGUGGCAAAUCCUGAGCAGUAUAUCAAGCACCCCUUGCAAAACAGAUGGGCCCUGUGGUAUUUCAAAAACGACAAGAGCAAAAGCUGGACAGAGAACUUGCGUCUCAUUUCCAAGUUUGACACAGUGGAGGACUUUUGGGCAUUAUACAACCAUAUACAGCAACCAAGCAAACUUGGCUUUGGCUGUGAUUACUGUUUAUUUAAGGAUGGGAUCAAGCCAAUGUGGGAGGAUGACAGGAACAAGCUGGGGGGCCGAUGGCUGAUGACUCUCAAUAAACAACAGAGACACAAUGACCUUGACCGCUUCUGGAUGGAGACGCUCUUGUGUUUAGUCGGUGAGUCGUUUGAUGAGGCGAGUGAAGAUGUGUGUGGAGCCGUGGUCAACGUCAGACCCAAAGGUGACAAAAUAGCCAUCUGGACGAGCAACUGCCAAAACAGGGACGCCAUCAUGACGAUAGGUCAACUUUAUAAGGAGCGCCUGAACAUCCCCAUCAAAGCCAUGAUCGGCUACCAGUCACACGACGACACAUCCAGCAAGAGCGGAUCCACCACCAAGAACAUGUACUCCGUUUGAACCCCACCCCCACCCCCCUUCAACUUGCUGUAGAU